AUCCCCGUUUUCCAUUUCUUUCUUUCUUUCUUUCUCAAUCAGUUUGACAGUAGCAAGCUUAGAGCAUAGAAGAAAGGAAGAAAGAAAAGCCAAAUAAACUUAACAACAACAACAUUCCUUAUUCUUCAAGUCCACAUCAAUGGCUGGUACACCAUUAUCUAGUCUUUGAGCUAACGAUUCCUAUACUCUCUUUUUAUUCAUUAUUUUUAAAAGUCGAUCUUUUACUCUCUUUCUCUCUCCUACAUUGGUUUCCGCCAUGUUUUUCUCACCCAUAAUCCUUUAGACUCCAUCCCCAUCCUUCCCCACCAAUCUAGCUUCGUUUCGACAACGAUAGCCCUUACUUGUUAUAUCUCCUUCAUUUAACUUCUGCCCUUUUUCCUUCCUCCAUUCAUUCAUUCAGUCAUUCAUUUAUCUUGUUUUUAUCGGGAUCUGGACCGACAUUAUCCCAAUAACAACCUUCUUCUCAGUUUGUUGCUUAACUACUUUCGUGAAAAAAGAGUGAAAAAUAAAAAGGGGUGUUUUUUUUGGUUGUUGGUUGAGGCAUUUUGACAAACAUCUGUUGGGCACAAUUACCAAGGAGGAGAAUGUUCCUUCUCCUUUGUCCCUUGUACUCUUCUUUUUGCCUCUACUUUUUGGGGUCUUCAUCUGCAAGCUUUGGUUGGGAUAAAACAUCCCUCCUUUUUGUUUGUUAAAAUUUAAAAAGUCAUCUUUUUUUUUUCUUUCUUUCUAGCUUUGAUUUCAGCAAGUAGUGCAACAUUUCUUUCACUUCAUUCAAAUCUGUGGAUUUCUGGAUUCAACCUAAGCCUACUUUAUUAGUUGAAAAUUUAUAUUGUUAAAGACGAAGAAGAUAUGAAUACAUCAACACAAGUUCCCCCUGGAUUUCGCUUCCAUCCAACUGAGGAAGAGCUUGUGGAUUACUAUCUUAGAAGAAAGGUUUGUUCAAGAAGGAUUGAAGUAGAUAUCAUCAAAGAGAUUGAUCUAUAUAAAAUCGAGCCUUGGGAUUUACAAGAAUUAUGCAAAACGGGAGAUGAUGAUCAAAAUGAAUGGUACUUCUUCAGUCACAAGGAUAAGAAAUAUCCAACUGGAACCCGAACAAACCGAGCAACUGCAGCAGGGUUUUGGAAGGCAACUGGAAGAGAUAAGGCUAUAUAUUGUAAGCAUGACUUGAUAGGCAUGAGGAAGACCUUGGUGUUCUAUAAAGGCCGAGCUCCGAAUGGACAAAAGUCAGAUUGGAUCAUGCAUGAGUAUCGACUUGAAACUGAUGAAAAUGGAGCCCCUCAGGAAGAAGGUUGGGCCGUGUGUAGAGUGUUCAAAAAGAGAACUCCCACAACAAUGAGAAGAAUGGGCGGGCAUGAAUCACCAUGUUGGUACGAAGAUCAAGUCUCGUUUAUGUCAGACAUGGAUUCACCUCAACAAGCACCACAAUCAAACAACGCGCUCAACUAUGCCUCACACACUUGCAAAAAGGAACUCAAUCAUCAUCAUCAUCAACAUCAUCAUUUACCUUUCCAAAUUCCUCAAGAGCAUCUUAUUCACCUCCCUCUCUUUGAGAACUCCAAGAUGCUUCUAGCUUCACCUCAUGGUACCGGUAACUACAAUAAUACCGGCCUAGCCCCUUAUGGUAUAGACAUGAGCCUUCACUCCAACAAUGCUACUAUGCAACAAAUUGACAACAACCAUAAUGCAACAAUAUUGAUAGGCAACAACAACAACAACAAUAAUGGUCAAGAUGUUUUGGAUCAAGUGACCGAUUGGAGGGUCCUAGACAAGUUUGUUGCAUCACAACUUAGCCACGAAGAUGUUGCCAAGGGACAUGAUAAUAAUAACAACAACAUCAACAAUUAUUCGUCGAGUAAUGUUGCAUCAGGGAUAUUCCCUACUGCUCCAAUAUCUGAUCACUCGAAUAAGGAAGAUUCAUUAACGGAUAAGACCUCUACACCAACCUCAAGCAGUCAAAUCGACGUGUGGAAAUCAUGAAGUACAUGAGUACAGGUUAUAGAAGGUCAGAGUGAAGUAUAAAGGGACAGGAAGAUUAGGGCUCAGUUUGUACAUAACAAAACUAAUCGAAAUACGAGUUUUGGGCUGAGCUUCUAUGGCUAGCUUUUCCCAUCCACACAUGAUAUGGAGGACUAUAUGAAAUACUAUAUGCAUCCGUUAUGCGCGAUGUUUACUGAUCAAACAAGUCUCAAAAUGUAUGUGUAUACCUUGUGAUUAUUUUUAAUAUGAAUUUUAAUGAUAUUGUAUAAACUUUAUGAAAAUUAAUGUUUUAUCCACAAGUAGUCAUUCUUGUGUGUUUUUAUAUAUAUUGACAUAUUCUUUUA